AUUUUUGGCAAUAUGGCUACCGUUCAUUGCGAUGAACAUUAGAAAAAUAAAUGACGGGAAAAAAGAUUUGUUUGUGACUUUAAAUCGCAUUAAUCGAGUGUUUGAUCGCAUUUUAAUCAAUUAUUCGCCGAAAAAUGUGUUGGACUGAACGAAGUGCAUGUAAUCGCAGUCGAUAUUUGACGAAAAAUUUCCAUAAAACGCUGAAAACCUUUUAAAUCGAAAAGACGCGUACACCAACAAGCCAAUUUUUCGAUGAACAUUUUAUUGGACUUUCUCGAGUUCCAAAGUUACGUUUUCUUUUCGCGCAAUUUUAUGCAAUCGAUCACAAUCACAUAAACGUGAACAAAAUAUUCGAUUAUUUGAACAGUUGAAUUGUUACGCGGCAUUUAUUUGGACGCAAAAAAGACGGUGGUUGUGUAUAUGGUGUAAUUACUGUGCGUUCUACAUUCAGUUUGUAUUUUUAUCCAUCAUUUUGUUGAUUCGGUGACUGUGCAAACGUUCAACGAACGAAAAUGUUUUACGCUCACAUCGUACUCGCCAAGAAAGGCCCAUUCGCGAGGAUUUGGUUGGCAGCCCAUUGGGAUAAGAAGCUAACAAAGGCACAUGUUUUCGAGACAAAUAUCGAACAGAGUGUCGAGGGCAUUAUGCAACCAAAAGUCAAAUUGGCGCUACGAACAUCAGGUCAUCUACUGCUCGGUGUUGUCCGAAUUUAUUCCAGAAAAGCCAAAUAUUUACUCGCUGACUGCAAUGAAGCAUUCGUCAAGAUCAAGAUGGCAUUCCGACCUGGUAUGGUCGACUUGCCCGAGGAGCACCGAGAAGCUGCAGUUAAUGCAAUCACACUUCCCGAAGUCUUUCAUGACUUCGACACCGCUUUGCCUGAAUUAAAUGAUGUGGACAUUGAAGCCCAAUUUUCGAUAAAUCAAUCGCGCGCAGACGAGAUCACAAUGCGUGAAGAGUAUGGCAGUUUACCGAUGUCGAUACACGAUGACGGCUUUGGCGAUAUGGGAUUCGAUGCUGACGAGGCCGAUUUCAUACGGGACGAUCCAAAUAUUGACGAAAAUCUGAUGAGUCAGGACAUGGAUCGAUCCAACAAACACAUGAACAGUGAACCGAUGCCGGGAACGUCAAGGUCGUUACUUGAAUUGCAAGACAAUGAAGGAUUUGGAGACGAUUUUGGACAACCGGCUGCCGGCCUAUUCGAAGGUGAUCUAUUCGCUGAUGCUCCGUUGGAACGGCGGAACAGUAUUCCAUCAGCUAUGGAGGAUAAAGAUUCCGAUGAUGACAUGGACGGAGGUUGGGUUGGUGGAGCUCCGUCAACACCACCAAGUUCGCCCGCCUUAUCACGACCACCGUCAGCGGCAGCUAAUAUCGAGAAUGCUGAUGUGAUAAUGCCACCCGGUGGUACAUCGCAUGAUGCUGCCGGAAAUGCUGCAAAUGUGAACGAGAACGCCGAAGACGAUGGCAAUUUCAAUGAGCAAACAACGCUGCUGAACAAUGAAGAGGAGAGUUUUGCCUUAGCACCAGUUGAUGCGUCAGCUCUGAAGGGUGUGACGAAGGCAAAACGGAAACGGAAAUUGAUUGUCGACGAGGUGAAGAAUAUAUCCGGCGAAGAGAUGAAGAGUCAAUUAGCUAACACAUCGGACAUAAUCACAACAUUGGAUCUGGCACCACCCACAAAAAGAUUAAUGUACUGGAAGGACACGGGGGGCGUGGAAAAAGUAUUUACCCUCUGCACAAGAGACAUUAAGGCAACUGUACUAUUUAAGAAUAAUCAACGGCAUUUUGUAUCAAAAUCGAUGGGAGUCGAAGAUUUCUCAAUAUUGGGACCGGCUGAUGUUUUAGCCCUCGAACAGCAUCACGCCGAACAGGAUGCAAAUAUCAUAAACAAGCGUGGCCGUAAGCGAAAGUGUCCCACAACUCAGGAAGCAGCCGAAUACAGUUUGGAUCCCGGACCAGCGGCAGCCGGUCAAGACAGUGAGUCAUCCGUAUUGCCAAUGCUGGAGAGCAGUUCACGAUUCGAUCUGAUGCCACCGCCGCCGGCAACGCCUUGUUUUUCGGAUAUCGGCACGCCCAGUCAGUCCGGAAUGCAUUCACUUCCGAAUAUUCCAAUGACGCCCGGCAAUCUGACUCACGGUGGCAUUACACCAUCCGGUUUACUGCAUCACGGCGGCAUGACACCGAUGAAUCUGCAACAUGGCGGUAUGACACCAAUGCAUGGUGGCAUGACACCGGCUGGUCUGCACAGCGAUUUUCACAGUGAUUUGGGCCAUCCGGCAUUCACACCGGCUGGACUCGAUCACGGCGGUCUGACACCACAUCAUGGCAUCGAAAAUCUGGACUCGAUACCGAAUCUGCCGAAUUUGCCUCCGGAUCAAGUGUCGUCGAUUCUGAAUGGAACGGGAAUGGACAACAUGGGCUAUUCGAAUAUGGGAUAUGACGACGGGGGACAUCACACACCGCAGUCGGGCUUGUCGGAACGGAUUGCUGACGAUUGGAAUCAUGAUUACGAAUAUCCACCAUCGGUCGGACCACAUCAACCGGGCGACGAACAAUUGGAAGAUGAAACGGACGAACAGUUCGAGGAGCGUGUUCUGAAUAAACGGGCUGCACAAAUGUUCUUGUCGGUUAAAGCCAGAAUGCAGAAAGUGGACAGCCUUUAUUUGUCGGAAAUGACAACGAAAAAUAAUCGGAAACAGGCUGCACAGAAAUUCUACUCACUCCUUGUGCUGAAAAAAUUCCAAGCUCUUGACAUCAAACAAGAUACGGCUUACGGUGACAUUCUGGUAACGAAGGGCAUCAUGUUCGAUAAUCCCAAGUUGUAAAUUUUCAAUUUUUUAUCAUUUCUUGCACGGAAAUUUGUUCGCGUUGUUGUAGUGCGCGCACAAUUUGUUAGAAAUUUCCGACCGAAUUUUUACUUUUUAUCAAAUUAUGUCUGGCACGUUGAACAGUGCUCAAUAUCCAUGAAUGUUCCUUUGGAAGAGCUGCACCGCUAGGUGACAUUAUACGGA